AUGUCGUCAAUGAACGCGCGCUUCAAAAACCUCGUGGGCUCACGACGCAAAUCCUCGAAUCACGUAUCCCAGCCCUCCAGCAGCCCGACCCCACCGUCGCUGAGCAGCACCACGGCCAUAAACGGACAGACGUCGCCGCCAGUGCCCGCGCCCUCGAACGCCAGCUCCUCGACCACCUCGCUGCCAAUGAACCACCAGAACCCGCUCGGCCGGCCCCCGUCCUACACCCAUCCCCCGCCGGGCUAUGGAUUGGGUGCCCCGCCGAACCAGCAGGUCAGGGCGCAUAGCCCGAUGCCCCCGCCCCCGAUACAGACGCAGGGUCAUGGUUACCCGCCGCCGCAACCGAUGUACCAGCAGCCGCCUCAAGGGCCGCCGGGUUAUCCGGUUCAACAGCAGUAUGGCCAGUAUGCGCAUGGUGGACCGCCGCCUGCGGGACCGCAGCAUGGCAGGCCGGUUGCUGUGGAGGUGGAAGGAGGGCCGGGGAGGAGCAAGGCGCAGCUUAUUGUGGGGAUUGACUUUGGCACCACGUUCUCUGGUGUAGCAUUCGCUUUCGCGACAAAUAACGAGGCGAAGGAGGACAUUAUCACAGAAUGGCCAGGUGCCGGAAACCAGACAAAACAGAAGAUCCCCACCGUCCUCUACUACGACCAGUACCAGAAAGUCGUCGGCUGGGGGCCUGACAUCGCAGACGCGCUGGCUCCAACCGGCUACCCAAAACCUGGUGUGCAAAAAGUAGAGUGGUUCAAGCUGCAGCUGAUGCUAUCCGGAAACACCUAUAUUGACCCUAUAAACCUCCCUCCUCUCCCGCCAGGUAAAUCCGAAAUCGACGUCGCCGCAGAUUAUCUCUUUCACCUGCGACAGGCUAUGCGGAAUCAAUUGCAGAAGACACUGGGAGAGGUUUUCAACCGCGAGGAGCGCAACAUCCGGUACUUCUUGACCGUGCCCGCUAUCUGGAACGAUGCCGGCAAGGCCGCAACGAGGCAGGCCGCCAUACAAGCCGGCUUCCUGCGCGACGAGAACGACAACCGGUUGACGCUCAUCACUGAGCCCGAAGCCGCAGCUCAGUUUUGCUCCAAGACCGGACUACUGAACCUCAAGGUCGGAGACGCAGUGCUGAUCGUGGAUUGCGGUGGCGGCACCGUCGACCUAAUCGCCUACGAAGUCGAAGAGGAGCAGCCGUUUUCCGUCGCCGAGUGCACAGCCGGGUCAGGCGACUCAUGCGGCUCGACAGCCCUGAACCGCAACUUCAGCAACAUCCUGCGCGCGAAGAUCCGGAAGAUGAAACUACCGGAUGGCUCGAGGACCGCGGGGAAGGUGUAUGCCAAGUGCAUCAUGGACUUCGAGAACAGGCUAAAGGCGGACUUCCGCAACAACGGCCAGAAGUGGGCAGUCGAUGUCGGCAUCGAGGCCGAGUUUCCGGAAGCGGGAAUCGAGGAGGGGUUCAUGACGUUUACGAAUGAGGAGAUCUUGCAGUGCUUCGAGCCGGUGGUGAACCGGAUCUUGGAGCUGGUGAGGAAUCAGAUCAUUGCUAUUCAGGCGCAGAAUAGGACGCUGCAGAAUGUCCUGGUCGUCGGCGGUUUCGGCGCCUCCGAAUACCUCUUCCAGCAAAUCAAGCUCCACGUCCCGCCCCAAUUCCAAUCCAAAGUCGUGCGGCCCAUGGACUCCGUCGCCGCGAUCGUAAAGGGCGCCGUCACGGCCGGCAUCACCGAGCGCGUGGUCACGCACCGCGUCGCGCGGCGGCACUACCUCAUGGCCACCUUACAGCCAUUCAAAGAGGGCCACCACCCGGAGCAGUACCGCGUGCCCUCGCUGGACGGCAAGGACAGGUGCAAGUACACGCGGCAGAUCUUCGUGCAGAAGGGCCAGCGGGUCAAGAUCGGCGAGCCGGUGAAAGUGAGCUUUUUUAGGCAGGUCGCGCCGGGGGCGACGCUCAUGUAUGAGGAUGUGCUAUAUGCGUGCGAUGAUGAUGUUUGUCCGGAAUAUACAAAGGAUCCGCGCAUCAAGGAGGUCGUUACUCUUACCUCGGAUCUGAGCAGGAAAAACCUGGAAAAGGACUUUGAGCGCAUGGAUACGCCGCAGGGGACGUUCUACCGCGUUUACUUUGAUAUCUACCUCACGCUUGACGGGAGCGAGUUUAAUGCUGAGUUGGUGUGCCAGGGUGAGGUUAUGGGGAGGUGCACUGCGAGGUUUAGGUAG